AUGUCACCAGAAUGCCUGACAGCUGUCUGCCAAAGUAGCUACUGUACAGGGCAUUUGGUUGGUGGGCUGAAGUGCUCAGUUGGGGGACAGAAAAAAUGUUUCAAAGACUGCCUCAAAGAGGCCCUCAAAGACUUGGACAUCAACCCCAGUAGUUGGGAGUCACUUGCCCAGGAUUGUCCAGCUUGGCGCAGCAAAGUCACCACUAGGGCCAAUGCGGCCAAAUACCAACAGACCACUGAACCACAGAGGAAACGUGCCACAUGCAAAGACAGAGCAACCUCCACCUCCACUGCAGCACCCACACACUCAUGCCCUAUGUGUGGGUGAACCUUCUAGUGUCAGUUUGGUCUCACUAGCCAUCUAAGGACCCUAAGGACCCACAGCCACUACUCUGAAUUGUGA